CUGACGGCCAAAAUUGAUCAAAGAGCUGAUCAAAUUGAUAUGGCAGUCAAACAAAACACUCUACAAAUCGAAGGACUUAAAAAGUCACUUGAGUACUGCUAUCAAGAAAUCGCUGAUUUAAAGAAGGACAAUGCAUGUCUCAAAACACAGUGUGUGGAAUCUCAAAAAAAGAUUCAAGUAAUGGAACAGAAGCUGAAUGAUGCUGAGCGAUAUAACAGGCGAUGGAACUUGCGCCUUUACGGAGUCGUCGAGAGAUCAGAGGAAGACGUUAAAGCGGUUGUGAAAGAAAUAUGCAGAGAGAUCCUUCCAGUAGCCGAGUGCACGCUUGUGACGGGUGCCAUCGAUAUAGUCCAUAGGAUCGGCAAACCUCCAGAGAUGAAGAACAACGUCUCAUCGCGACCAAUCAUCAUCAGGUUUCUUUCACGGACGGCAAGAGACUUAGUGUGGAGAUUUGCCAAAGCUAAUGAAUAUUUACAAAGAAAGCAUCUUCGCUUCAAAGAGGACCUGACUGCUGCAGACAAAGAAGCACGUAUCAAGUUAUGGCCUCUUGUAGAAAAUGCACGCAAAGAGGGAAAGAGAGCAUACUUUCGGAUUAUAUAGAAGAUAUUUAUGCAACAACAGCAAGUUAAAGACCCUAGUUUAAGAAUUUAUUUUUUUGUUAUAAAAAGGACAAGUGUAAGUUUUCAUGUCUAUUUCAGUUUUUUCGAUUAAUGCCAGAGGUUUACGUGAUCCUUUGAAAAGGAAAUCAUUAUUUUUGUAUUGUAAAGGAAAGGGUGUCGAUUU